AUGACCACGUGGCCUUCCGUUGGGGAAUCUCGAUCUCUCAAGUCUCAUUUGAGCACUACAAAAGGGCCCUGGAGAUUGCCGAAACCUGUCCUCGCAUAUCAUGGAGAUUUGAAUGUCAUGCAAGAAAACUGGAAACCGAGUGCUUGUAAUAUCCAGAUGAGUCGGGGCGCGGGCAUUGAACUUCGAAUCCACAGCUUCAACACUUCUCGGUCAAGAUACCUCGCUUGGUCAGGGGACACCCUGGAGUCGAAAGAAGAAACCUGUAAGGCUCGCCUAUAUAUAACUGCUCUUGGUCUCUACGGGGCUGAGAUCAAUGGCGAGCGGGUAGAAGAUCAUGUCCUAGCCCCGGGCUUCCAGUCUUUUAAGCAUCUACAUGUCUACGAUACCUACGAUGCUACAGAACCGGUUUCAAGAGGCCGAAACGCUAUUGGUAUCCUGGUUUCAGAGGGCUGGUACGCCGGGCGUCUCUUCGGUCAUAUCGAGAAGCGCGAUUUCAGGAACCUCUGCGGAUUUAGAAUCGGUGCUAUGUGUCUUUUGAAGGUCACUCUCAGCGAUCGAACCAAUGUUCAUAUCCCAUCUGAUAAGACGUGGUCCUCUAGCUUUGGCCCGCUGUCCGAUUCACAGAUUUACAACGGAGAUCUACGACUCAGGAAAGAGUCCGUUAUGACGGGUUGGUCAAUGGCAUCUUUUGACAAUGGCGAUUGGCUCAGCGUCGAAGAGCUUCCGCCAUUGACCGCAACUCUCGUUCCGUCAGACGGUCCACCCGUUCGAAAGCUGAAAGAGCUUCAACCAAAGGAGACCUUCCAGACCGUGUCGGGCAAGGUUAUAGUCGACUUUGGUCAGAACUUUGCUGGUUGCGCUAGGAUCACUGUCAGUGGCCCCAGCGGUACCGAUAUCAUUCUCAGAAAUGCUGAGGUACUGGAAAACGGCGAGACAGAAACCAAGCCCCCACGCACCACUGACGUGCCGGCCCGCAAGUUUGAGAACCUCGAUUUACAUUUCACAGCUUCCGCUAUGCUAAGACUAACAACUGGCCCGUGA